GUUAAAAGCGUUUGAGUCGCAUAAUGUCGGUUGACUUUUUAGUACCCAACAUUACCAAAGAGAAUCGUACAAACAUAAACAAAUGACUUUGUCUCCGAUAGUUUGAGCAGUUAUUCCAGUUAUACAAUCGAAAAAUGAUUCACGAUUUAAUAGUGUCACUGUUGCACCUGAAUGAAAAUAAGUCGUUGAAGACAUUUCUGAUCUCCAAUGCAUCGCACGAUUUCCUACACCCAAGCGAACACAAGAUACUGGAACGUAUCGUUCGCAUUGCAGAUAAUCAAAUAGAAAUUGCUAAAUUUGUUGGGGAACAUAGCGGCAAGAUCACUUCGAACACAACUGUUGCACAGGAUGACGUACUACAGAAAGGGAUCUACCUGCAAGCACUGUCUGUUGGAAUGAAUCUGUGCAUGACUCCUUACCGAAAUGCCAUGGUUGAAUUGGAACAGAGAUUCCUCAAUAUUCCGACAUAUUCGUUGAUGUUUCUGUUGACUGAACUUAGUCGAUUCGAAGAUCUGCUCGAAUUUCUGCUUCAGUUCAUUGCUGGCAUACGGACUGAAAGGUUACAUGGUUGUGCACUGCUACAAUAUCUCCAUAACAACUCUUUGCACGGAAACAAACAAAUCGCUGAAGCCGUUGAGAUAAUUCAACGAUCCGUACACUCGGUGUUCAUCAAACAGCUGAGCAAAUGGGUCAUCUACGGUGAAUUGGAUGAUAAAUACGGCGAAUUUUUCAUUCAGCACAUCGACCAGCGAAACACUACCGAUCACCAAACGAACAGUGGCCAAACCACUACAACAUUAUCCGAUGCAACGCGUAGUGUUCACACCGAUCUGUGGCGCUAUGAAAUCUGGUACGAAAUGCUUCCGAAUUAUUUAACACCAACGUGGGCCGGCGAAGUAUUAUUCUUAGGCCAAACCGUCGUCAUGUUCAACAUGGAUCGAAGGGAAAUCGAAAAGCACGCAAAAAUGGUACGAGACGAUGAAACCGACGAUCCCAUGGAACCGAUCGAUUCGUUGUGGGGUGAUCAGGAUUUCGCGCAACAAUUCCAAGAUCUACAUGCGGACAGCGGGGCAAAUAUGUUAAAACUUGUCGAAUUGGUGGAGCAGAUUAAGAUUUAUGUGUCGGAGAAGCUGACGAAAAUUGCACUGAAACAGGUCGAUCUCAUCAAGCAGCUGAAAUUGAUCAAAGAUUUCUUUAUGCUGGGCCGCGGUGAAUUGUUUUUGGAAUUCGUCAAGAAAACGCAAUCCAUACAGAGUGUGGAAUUGGACGAGCAUACCGCUCGUACGGUGACAAAAGCUUUCGAAAAUGCAGCGAACAGUGUCAAUGUUACGGAAGAUUUGGAAAAUUUCACGCUAAGCGUGCCAUUAGGUGAUGCCGAAACCACAUCGUUGGACAUUCGCGGCAUAUUCCGACACAUUUUAUUGAGAUACAACGUACAAUGGCCACUGCACUUGCUGUUCUCCCCGAAAGUGAUGGAACGGUACAAUGAACUGUUCCGGUUUUUGUUGCAAAUUCGCCGCGUCCAGUAUGACUUGCAAACCGUUUGGUGCUAUCAUCGAGAGAAAAAGAUGAAAAAAGGUUCGCCGAUGUUACAGUUCCGGAAUCAGUUGAUGUUCCUGGUGGACAACUUGCAAUACUACCUGCAAGUGGAUGUUCUGGAAAGUCAGUUUAGUAUCUUAAUGGAUACCGUUCAGAAGAGUAAGGACUUUGAACACAUUCAACGCGCCCAUACGAUUUUCCAAGCGAAUGUAAUGAGCUUGUGCUUCUUGCUGCAUGAGAUCGACACAACCAAGAGCAUGCACCAAAGCAUAAUGUUGCAAACGAAUGAGAAUCCGGUGUUUGUCAUUCUGAACCAGUUGAUCGACAAUGUUUGCCUGUUUUGCGAACUGUCGCUGAAGUGUUCGGAUCCGUUGAAGAAGAGUGAGAUGGCCAGUUUCACCAAUUACGAGUUCAUGGUGAAUGAGAACGUCAAGGAUCUGAUGAAAUUGUUGAUGGGAUGGAAAGCAGGAGCGAACAAUGCGCCACUAAAUCAACUGCUACUUCGAUUGGAUUACAAUCACUAUUACAGCUCGCAGUUUGGUGAUAGUAUCGAGUGAAGUGUUUGCGGACUAUACACGUACGUUCUAGCUUUUGUCAUUUAUUUUUUGUUGUUGAAUUACAAACUUUGUUUACGCUUCAAUCGUC